GCGUGUGGCGUGUGGCCUGCCUUCUGGUUUCGUCAGUCGUCGUCUACCCUUCCCUCGGUCGAGGCGACGGCGGAGGAAGCAAAGCAAAAUCCCCACCAAACCAAGACCAAGCAAUCCAAAGGCAGGCUAGGGUUUCCUGUCCUCCCGUCUGCUGCUGCUGUUGGGGAAAAAUUCGCCUGAUUCCCCCUUUCAAUCGGAAGGAUCUGGCCAUGGAGUCCCUGUUCGGCGCCUCCAGGAGGACGACGGCUGGCGGCGGCUUCGACUCGCUCAAGCGUCUGGGCCACAUCUCCCCCGCCGUGCAGUCCCACCUCAAGCACGUGUACCUCACCCUGUGCUCCGCGCUGGCCUUCUCCGCGCUCGGCGCCUACCUCCACAUCGCCCUCAACAUCGGCGGCACCCUCACCACCAUCGGAUGCCUGGUCGCCAUCGCCUUCCUCAUCUCCCUCCCCGCGUCCCAGCAUCAGGAGAGGAACCGCUUCGCCUUGCUCAUGUCCGCCGCGCUCCUACAAGGGGCCUCCGUGGGCCCGCUCGUCGAUCUGGUCCUUCACUUGGACCCGAGGAUCCUGGUCACGGCGUUCGUCGGCACCGCGAUUGCUUUUGGAUGCUUCUCGGCUGCCGCCAUAAUCGCCAAGCGCAGGGAGUACCUGUACCUCGGCGGCUUGCUCUCCUCUGCCCUCUCCAUUCUUCUCUGGCUGCAGUUUGCUGCUUCCAUCUUUGGCCACUACUACUUCACCUUUGAGCUCUACUUUGGCCUCCUGGUUUUCCUGGGAUACAUGGUGUUUGACACCCAAGAGAUCAUCGAGAGGGCACACCAUGGGGACAUGGACUACAUCAAGCACGCACUCACUCUCUUCACCGACUUUGUUGCUGUUCUUGUUCGAGUCCUUGUCAUCAUGCUCAAGAAUGCCCAGGCGAAAUCCCAAGAGGACAAGAAGAGGAAGAAGCGCUAUUGAAUGGAGAAACAAAGGCACUCUUUUUCUUCCUGAAAUUAUCUACUCUACCUAAUAGUAGUGCUAGUAAAGACAGAAAGCUUGGAUCAGCUUGUGUAGUUUUCUGGCUGGCUACUCGGAUCAGCUUGUGUAGUGUUCUGGCUGGCUACUCGGAUCAGCUUGUGCAGUGUUCUGGCUGGCUACUCGGAUCAGCUUGUGUAGGGUUCUUGCUGCCUACUCGGUGUAACUGAAUGCUUGUUUUGGCUCUUGCGUUGAUUUGAUGGCGAUGAUGAAAUUGCAGUAUCUGCCAAGUAGGAGUAUUUGCUUGCUUGUUUGUUUCAUCCCUGAUGAUAAAUCCAUCCAUCAGUGUGAUCUGAAUUGGUGGACAGCAAGCAAUUCGAUGCAAUGCAAGAGCAUCUGUACCGUAGUGUAGUGUUGUUGUUUCGAUCCUGCUCUCGGCUACUUGAACAUUCAGUCUGUCAGUCGCUAGUCGGUAGUCACCUGUCCUGUCGUGGACUCACUCCCGCCGCCCGGAUGGCAGUUGCCACGGCCGUCUUAGCUCCAGCAGCCACCGCUCCGCUCCUUCACCGCCGCCGGAACUACUCUUGCGGCCAUGCACGGCCGUCGUGGUGGUGGUGGUGUGGCAGUGCCCGCCGGCGCCCGGUAUUGGCGUCUUGCGGUGGACGCGCCCCCCUCGUCCCCGCGUCCGACCACUGGGGCAACUGGACCUUCCUCCUGAGCACCGCCGCGCUGGGCAUCUGGUCGGAGAAGCGGACCCCGGUGGGGAAGGCGCUGAGCGGGGCGCUGGUGAGCGUGCUGCUGGGGCUGGCGGCCAGCAGCGCCGGCGUGGUGGCGGCGGACGCCCCGGCCCACCGCGUGGUGCUCGACUACCUGCUGCCGCUGGCCAUCCCGCUGCUGCUCUUCCGCGCCGACCUGCGCCGCGUGCUCCGCUCCACCGGCGCGCUGCUGAUGGCCUUCCUGCUCGGAUCUGCGGCGACGACCAUCGGCACGGUGGUGGCGUUCCUGCUGUUCCCGAUGCGGUCGCUGGGGCCGGACAAUUGGAAGAUGGCGGCGGCGCUGAUGAGCCGCCACAUCGGGGGCGCCGUCAACUACGUCGCCGUCUCCGAAGCUCUCGGGGUUUCUCCGUCGGUGCUGGCAGCGGGGCUGGCCGCCGACAACAUCAUCUGCGCGCUCUACUUCACAAGCCUCUUUGCGUUGGCUUCCAAGAUCCCAGCGGAGGACACGGAUCGGCCGGCGGUGGCCGGUGACGACAAAGCCAGCAACAAGCAGCUGACCGCGGUGGCCAUGGCAGCCGCCUUCGCCAUCUGCAAGGCAGGAAAGCUGGCGUCGGCCGCGCUGGGCGUACAAGGGGGAAGCCUUCCCUGCAUAACAGCCAUCGUGGUGGCGCUGGCAACACUGUUCCCCUCGCGCAUCGGCGAGCUGGCGCCGUCGGGCGAGGCGGUGGCCAUGGUUCUGAUGCAGGUGUUCUUCGCCGUCGUGGGAGCCAAUGGAAGCAUCGGCAACGUCCUCAGCACGACGCCGAGCAUCUUCGCCUUCGCCUUGGUGCAGAUCGCUGUGCACCUCCUGCUGACUCUCGCCGCCGGCAAGCUGCUCGGCUUCGACCGAAAGCUGCUGCUGAUAGCCUCCAACGCCAACGUGGGUGGUCCGACCACCGCCAAGGGCUGGAGCUCCUUGGUGGUUCCAGGAAUCCUCGCCGGCAUCCUGGGCAUUGCUAUCGCCACCUUCAUGGGGAUCGCUUUCGGUGUGCUCCUCCUGAAACCAAAGUUCAGCUAGGCGUUAGGCGGAAUCUAGGCGCUGACCCACUGCCUAGCGCCUAGUCGGGAGUACUCGGGCCUAGGCGGUGCUAGGCGUUUUUCUAGGAGUUUUGUAUAUAUACUAAUAUUCACAUAUUAUCUAAAGAUAAAAAUAAACAGC